AAGUGUAGACAAAGAAAAAAUCUAUGUGAAGGUCACUGUUUCUCGACCGCCAUUCUUGGUAUGGGUUGUGUACCAAACCGAACGUACCCUGUAACCGAGACCCACCCCUGCUUAGCGCAGUGGAGAAUAAACAGACUAGAAGUCAUCUGCAAAUUUACAGUACACCAAAUAAUCGACUUUAGCCGUCUUCUCACAGCGAGGCACUGCUCAGGUACACUCGGGCCAUGAUGAAGAGGUGGCGCCAGGUGGCUUUUGUGUGGUUUUUCCUUGUGUUUCUCCUAAGCACUCAGUCCACAUGGGCCAAGAGAGGGGGCACCAGCAGCGGCGGCCGCAAAUCCACAUCAUCUUGGAGUAAUCGGGGCGGGACAAAUUCCAAACCGUCCAGCUCUAAUCCUGGAAGCUCUUCCAAUCGGAACACCAAUCCGUACCCCUCUGGUGGAAGUUACCCAGGGGUGGGCAACAGAAACACAGGAGGAGGUAAUCCCAGACAACCAAGUAACCCAGCAGCCGGUAAUUAUCCCAACCAGUCUCCAGGGCGAACCAAUCCUGGGGGUUAUCCGAACCAGAACCCGGGAGGUGGUUAUCCAAACCAGAACCCCGCGGGUGGUUAUCCAAACCAGAACCCUGCGGGUGGCUAUCCAGCCGCUGGCGGAUACCCCAACCAGAACCCUGGAAGAGGUAGUACCAACCAAGGAUAUCCCAACCAGAACCCGGCUGGAGGAUACCCAGCAGGAGGCAGCUAUCCCAACCAGAACCCCGGAAGAGGUAGUACCAACCAAGGAUAUCCCAACCAGAACCCGGCUGGAGGGUACCCAGCUGCUGGAGGGGGCUACCCAAACAGGGGUGGCUACCCAGCCGGAGGGAGCUAUCCAGCUGGAGGGAGCUAUCCAGGUGCCGGAGGAGGCUAUCCAAAUAGGGGUGGCUACCCAGCUGGAGGGUACCCAGCUGGAGGGUACCCAGCUGGAGGGGGCUACCCAAACAGGGGUGGCUACCCAGUUGGAGGAGGCUACCCAGCUCCCGGAGGCUACCCAGCUGCAGGAGGUUACCCAAACAGGGGUGGCUACCCAGCCGCAGGUGGGCAGGGGUGGGGUUACCCUCAAGGUAACCCAAAUAAUAAGAUCCUGAGCCCCCACAUUGGGGGAGGCGCUUAUGGAUACGGUGGCCACGGGAUGGGAGGGUCACCAUUCUCUCAGUCGGUCCAGAGGAUGGGCUAUAAACCCAAAUCUAGUGGUUUUGCCAAGAAGGCCAUAAUGGCAGCCGGCGUCGGCGCCGUUGCCGGUAUGGCCGUCGGGUACGGACUCGGGCGCUUCCCUCGACCGCACUUCUCCUUCCGUAAUCCCGAAGAGGAGUACUACUACAACAAUUACAUGUACCGCCGUUACGGCUCACGCUCCACCGACGAGAAGGACUAUGGCCGCGACUACGUCUAUAAAAUGCCCCCGCGGGCGGAAACGUACGAUGCCUUCAUGGGGAAAUGCAUGAACAGGACGGACCUCCUGAAAGACAAGGGCAACAGCUCAUCCACACCUCAAGAAGAUGACGACACGGUGAGCAUUGAGGAAAUAGGCUACCCGUCGCUUGUGGAGCAGAUGAAGGCGCGGCGCUGUGUGGAAGAGUACAUGGCCUACUCGGAGAGCUUCCUGCAGGAGCGCAAACCCGAACAGCAGGUCCAGUGGAGUCGCAGCAGUCCUCUGAGCUUCUGGGCGCCACAGCUUUUCCCGUCUCUGCUGAUGCUCCUGUCCAGCAUGCUCCUGCUCCAGUAAGGACUUUUAGCCCUCCAUCAUAGUACAGUAUAGCUGCACGUGUAAACACUAAUGCUGAUACCCUUAGCAACCUCCUUGAAUGUGGCUCAUAUUUAGUCAAUCAAUACUAACAUAAUGACAAGUACUGUGUAGAACAAGCCGGGAUUCUCAAACUGUGGUACGAGUACAACUGGUGGUACGCUGGAACUAAAGAUUUUUUUAAUCUCAAACUGUGGUACGAGUACAACUGGUGGUACGCUGGAACUAAAGAUUUUUUAAAAAGUAAAAAUACAAAUUUAUAUCAACAAAAUAAUCCUAAAAAUGCAAAUUCUGUGAAAUGCAAUUUUGUAUUCAACUUUCAAGCCACAUUUAAUUUAACACGGCGAGUACCGCUAGCAAAAACAGUUCCUGAAGUGAUACUUGUGUGCAAAAAGUUUGAGAACCACUGGUCGAAGUCCUUUUUAUUUGCACUCCAUAUUGUUGAGCACUGAAUUCCUCCAUGUAUAUAUAUAUAUAUAUAUAUAUAUAUAUGUAUGUAUCUACAUAUAUAUACAGGGGGUCCCCAAAAAAACAUAUACACACUUUAAAUCAUUAUAAACUAGUUGUUUGUUAUGAUUCGUUCAGUCUACAAAAUGCAAUAGAAUUUAAUUAACCUGAUUUUAAUGUUUUCGGAUGUUCAUUCUGGUCCAGACACUGCUGACAACACAAAGCAAUGGAAUUAGCAAUUGGCUGUAUCAAAUGAUAAUAAUGUAAUAUGUAUGUAAGUAAUAACAAUGUAAUAACAUUGUAAUAACAAUGUGCAAGCAAGCAAGCAAAGCUGCGUUACAUCACUGCCCACCCCAUUGGUAAUCGGCAUUCAAAUGUAUGAAGGAGUAUUUGGUAUAAAAUGUAAAAUUAUGAGAAAAAAGGUCGUAAAAUGAAAUUGUAACAAAGAAAAUCCAAGAAUUGUACAAGAUUGAAAUUGACAUUUUUUUUCUUGUAAUAUUAUGACUUAAUUCCUGAAAUGCAAGUGUAAUGAUAAUUAUAUAUAUAAAAUCGUAUGUUAAAAUACUUGUAAUAUUACUCCCCCCCUCCCCCUCCUGGACUAUUUCAACUUUAAUGACAACCUUUUUUAAUAGUUUGACUUGAGUGUUUUUCUCUUAAUUGUAUGAUUAUAUUCUAAGAUUGACUAUUUAAUAACUCGUCAAUGUGUAAUGACGACUUUUUUCACAUAAUAUUACAAAAUUUUUCUCAAUAAAUUUCACAAUAAAUAGACUUUAUUGUGCUGAAAUUAUGACUUUUUUUCCACAUUCUUGAAUUUUACAUUUUUCUUGUGUUUUUGCGCUUCAUUGUUACAAAGUUGGGAUUUUCUGCUUGUAAUAAGAAGAAAAAUGAGUCCAGCCUUUUUUCUCUCAUACAUUUAUGACUUUAUUCUUGUAAUAUAAUCACUUUAUUUCCAUAAAUAUUUUUUCAAAUCACUCAUUAUAAUAAAAAUCUGGUAAAAUGAUGACUUUUCCCAUUUUUUUCUUGGAAUACUACUUUAUCCUUGUAAAAUGACAAACAUGUUUUAGCGCAGUUAGGUUAGUUUUUACCAUCUGCACUUCUCACAGCAACUGUUUUUAUUGCUCAUAUUGUUUAAAUGCAUAUUGAAUAUUGUAAGGUAUUUUGUACAGUUUUAUAAUUGAACUGUACUAUACAAUUCAUACUUCAAAGUAGGGACGCUCCUAUCAAAAUGUAACUAGGUGGGUUAACCCAGAUGCACCCUCAGUGGCUGGAGAGAAACUUUGUUCUUUUCCUAGCUGCAGCUUGCAAAGUACGCACGUAAAGGUUUGAUGGUCAACCACACUGGCCUCAAGGUGUGCCGUUUCGUUGGCAACCCAACGCGACACCAAAUAUUGAUCGGUGGACAAUGGACCAGAGCAUCCCUACUUCAUAUUCCCAAGUACCAGCUCAUUGUAAUUAAAAGUACACUGGUGAUAAAUGGGCUAACAUUUGUUCUGUCCCUUCUAUGUUAAAUGCACUUUGUAAACAUGUUGUUUCUUGAGAAUAUAUACACUGACAGAAUAUUCAUCUUUUCAUUUCAGUUCUGUACUCGUAUGAAUACAUAAUCCAUCAUCUCGAAAUCAUACUCUGAAUUUUCUAACAUGCUUGUGUUUUAGUUAUGGAAUCAAGUGCACUUGUUGAAUAUUCUGGAAUGACACGUUAAGUUCAUCAUGUGUGUGACUUCUCCCUGCAAGUGAUACAACCUCUAUAUGGUGUAUUAUUAUGUGCGGUCAAAUGUGUUACGUGAUCAAUAAAUUCUGCGAGAAAGCAA